UGCUCUGUGUUUAGGAGAAAGCAAUUCACGGUGUUGCCAUGCCCAGAAGUUAUCUUGAGCUGACGCUGAAUCCUAAAGAUAAUGAAUUAGAUUACAUAAAUGCAACCAAUUUUAAUUGUGACAUAAUCCUGAACCCUGAUUUAUCAACAUUUCGAAUACUACCCUGGACGGAGCAGACUGCGAGAGUGAUAUGUGAUUCCUUCACUGUGCUGGGCAACCCGCUAAUGACCUCACCGAGGCACAUUGCCAAGAAACAGCUGAGCCAGCUCCAGGACAAUGGCUUUUCUCUGCACUCUGCCUUCACGUAUGAAUUUUGUAUUUAUGGCAUUACUGAGGUUGUAAAUUCGAAGACAAUAUCCUUCCCUGCAGCCACGAUACUAAAUAACCAUGACCAGACUUUCAUUCAGGAGCUCAUAGAAGGAAUGUAUUAUGCUGGUGCCAACAUUGAAAGCUUUUCUUCUUCCAGUGGGCCUGGGCAAAUGGAGAUCACUUUUCAUCCAGCGUUUGGCAUAGAUGCUGCUGACAGUGCCUUCACAUUUAGAACAGGCAUUAAAGAGGUGGCUAAAAAAUACAACUAUGUGGCUAGUUUUUUCUCAGAAUCAGGAUUCUACAAUUCAGGGGCUCUGUCACACAGCUUGUGGGAUUUAAAUGGCCAGAAGAAUUUGUUUUCUGCUGGUUAUGGAGUUGAGGAGCUUUCAGAUAUUGGAAAAAAUUGGUUAUCAGGUCUCUUGGCACACACAGCAGCUAUCAGCUGCUUGAUGGCUCCUACCACCAGCUGCCGUAAGCCUUAUUCUAAAUACAGUAAAGAGACAAAAGAGACUGUAAAUGCAAAAUGGGCAUAUAAUGACAACAGCUGUGCCUUUAAUGUCAAAUGUCAUGGUGGAAAAGGCACUCUCAUAGAGAAUAAAUUAAGUUCUGCUACAGCAAACCCCUACCUGGUACUUGCUGCUACUAUUGCUGCAGGUCUAGAUGGAGUGAAGAGAGGACUUAGGUAUGAUGAUAUGAUCCAAGAAGAAAGUGACUCUGGUGAUCUGAAACAUUCAUCAGUCCCUCUGAAACUAGAAGAUGCUCUUGUGGCACUUGAGAGAGAUUCGUGCAUUAAGGAAGCAUUAGGUGAAACUUUUAUCCGGUACUUUGUUGCCAUGAAACAUUAUGAGUUAGAAACUGAAGAAAUGGAUAGUGAAAGGAAUAAAUGCCUGGGCUAUUUUAUUUAGAAAGAGCACUCUUCUGUAGUGAUGCUGUGUAAAUGCAUACAGUGAAUGGUUAAGGAUCUUGAAAUUAAUAAUAUAUUAUACAA